CCAAAACACCCCUCUUCUGGUCCCCCCGGCAGCACAAGUGCAACAACCACUUCCUUUCCCCUAAACUUCAUCCAUUGCCUGCCAUCAAUUUUGACUUUUUCCUUUGCUACCCGUCCCUUUCAUUCUUCAUAAUUGUACUUGCAUUUGCCUCAAUUGCUUUUAUUUGUUGACAAAAAUGCCUGGAUUCGCUCAAGCCAACGAUCUCAAGGCCUGGCAACAGCUCCAGGAGCACCACGCCAGCUUGGGCCGCAACAUUGUCCUCAAGGAUUACUUUGCCAAGGACCCUCAGCGUUUUGAGAAGUUCUCCCGCACUUUCAAGAAUGAGGCCGACAACUCUGAGAUUCUCUUCGAUUUCUCGAAGAACUUCCUCACUGAGGAGACGCUCAAGCUCCUGAUCCAGCUUGCAAAGGAGGCCCAAGUCGAGAAGCUCCGGGAUGAGAUGUUUGCGGGUGACAAGAUUAACUUCACUGAGAAGCGUGCCGUCUACCACGUCGCUCUCCGAAAUGUCAGCAACUCGCCCAUGCAGGUUGACGGCAAGAGCGUCGUUGAGGAUGUCAACAGCGUCCUUGAGCACAUGAAGGUCUUCUCCGAGCAAGUGAGAAGCGGUGAAUGGAAGGGUUACACUGGAAAGAAGAUCAACACCAUCAUCAACAUUGGUAUUGGUGGCUCUGACCUCGGUCCUGUCAUGGUUACUGAAGCCCUUAAGCCCUAUGGCCACCCUGACAUUAAGCUUCACUUUGUCUCCAACAUUGACGGCACUCACAUUGCCGAGGCUUUGAAGCACUCCGACCCGGAGACCACUCUGUUCCUGGUCGCCUCCAAGACCUUCACCACCGCUGAGACUACCACCAACGCCAUCACUGCCAAGAAGUGGUUCCUUGAGUCUGCAAAGGACGAGUCCCUCAUUGCCAAGCACUUCGUUGCCUUGUCUACCAAUGAGGAAGAGGUCACCAAAUUUGGCAUUGACAAGCACAACAUGUUUGGCUUUGAGAGCUGGGUUGGUGGCCGUUACAGUGUCUGGAGCGCCAUUGGCUUGAGCGUCGCCUUGUACAUUGGUUAUGACCGAUUCCAUGAGUUCCUUGCUGGUGCCCAGGCUAUGGACAAGCACUUCAAGGAGACUCCUCUGGAGCAGAACAUCCCCGUCAUUGCCGGUCUGCUCAGCGUCUGGUACUCCGACUUCUUCGGCGCCCAGACGCACCUUGUCGCUCCUUUCGACCAGUACCUUCACCGCUUCCCUGCCUACCUUCAGCAGCUUUCCAUGGAGUCGAACGGCAAGGCCAUCACUCGUAGCGGCGACUACGUGAAGUACACCACCGGCCCCAUCCUCUUCGGCGAGCCGGCGACCAACGCCCAGCACUCCUUCUUCCAGCUCCUCCACCAGGGCACCAAGCUGAUCCCGGCCGACUUCAUCUUGGCUGCUGAAAGCCACAACCCCGUUGAGAACAACAAGCACCAAAAGAUGCUUGCCUCCAACUUCUUUGCUCAGUCCGAGGCUUUGAUGGUUGGAAAGACCCCCGAGGAGGUCAAGGCUGAGGGCGCUCCCGAUGAGCUCGUCUCCCACAAGACCUUCUUGGGCAACCGCCCCACAACCUCUAUUCUCGCCCAAAAGAUUACCCCUGGUACCCUUGGUGCCCUGAUUGCCUACUAUGAGCACUUGACCUUCACUGAGGGUGCUGUGUGGAACAUCAACAGCUUCGACCAGUGGGGUGUCGAGCUUGGCAAGGUCCUUGCCAAGAAAAUCUUGACCGAGCUGGACCAGCCCGGCGAGUCUACUGCUCACGAUGCAAGCACCAGCGGUCUCAUCAACGCCUUCAAGCAGAGGGCUAACAUUUAAGUUAUGAGUUGAUGAAGUGAAAGUAUAUUUCCAAAGUGGUCGUCACAAUACCCGCUCUUGUUCAUAAUGAAAAUGAGACGACCUUUAAAUAGCUUAGACUCUUUUAUAAUGAUAAAAUUUUAUAGUUGUUAAAUACCUUUUAUAUAAAUCUAUGCAGAUCCGCCUUUCGAUAAAAAAUCCAGUGC